AUGUCACAGGUGAUGUCCAGCCCCCUGCUGGCAGGAGCCCAUGCCGUCUGCUUGGCUUCCCAUGAGGAACUGAACAGGAUCCUACACCCAGCACCCAGUCCUAGCCUGCCACCCCAGUGUCUUUACUACACCACGGAAGGCUGGGGAGCCCAGACCCUAAUGGCCCCCAUGCCCUGCAAGGGGCCCUCCGGCAAGCCCCAGCAGGCUCCACAGGCUGGGGCCAAAUCCAGCUGCUUCCUGCAAUCCUCCAGUGAGCAGGCCUCAGGGGCCCCAGACGACCUGGACUCCUCCAUUGACUUCUCCUUGGAGAGCCUCAACCAGAUGAUCCUGGAACUGGACCCCACCUUCCAGCUGCUCCCACCAGGAACCAGUGGCCCCCGGGCCGAGCCUGCCCAGAACACAACCUUGAGGAGAAAGAAGGAGGAGUCCGAAGCCUUGGAUAUAAAGUACAUCGAGGUGACCUCCAACAAAUCAAGGUGCCACGAUGCCUCCCAGAGUUGCUGCAGCCCAUCCGUCAGCCCGACCUCCAGCUCCCCCCGCAAUGGUGGCCUCCUCCUAUCCAGAGACGUUCCCCGAGAGACGCGAAGCAGCAGCGAGAGCCUCAUCUUCUCUGGGAGCCAGGGAAGAGGGCAGCAGGGUCCCCUGUCUCCCUCUGGAGCUCUGUCUUCUCAUCCCUCACAUUCCCCUAGCAUCUCUAUUCCAUGCAAGGGAAGCAAGGGCCUGGGCCCCCAUGGCUCAGGUUCCCCACUGGUGGCUUCUCCAGGCUGGGACAAGGGGCCGGGAGGCCUGAUCCCGAAGCGGAGCAGCCGAGUCUCCAUGCUGUCAGCCAGCCCGUCAUCUGAUGUCAGCUACGUGUUCGGAAGCAGCCAGUCGCUCCUCCACUCCAGUAUCUCCAGCCAUCAAUCGUCUUCUAGGUCCUUGGAAAGCCCAACCAGCUCCUCCUCCAGCCUCCACAGCCUUGGCCCAGCGUCCCUAUGUACGAGACCCAGUGACUUCCACAUCCCCAGCAACCGUACCCCAAGCGUGGGCCCACCCAGAGCAACCCAGUCCCCACCACUGGCCAAGGAGCAUGCCAGCAGCUGUCCCCCAUCCAUCACCAACUCCAUGGUGGACAUACCCAUUGUGCUGAUCAAUGGCUGCCCAGAACCAGGGUCUUCCCCACCCCAGUGGACCCCGGGACAUCAGAGUCUUGUCCGACCUGGGACUGCUUCCAACAACCACUUUCCAGUCACUGGAACCCACAGCCAGAUCCUGUCAGAUGCCUCCCUCACCACAUCUCUGGAGGGUUCCUCCAGGGACAUGCAGCCCACCAUGAAGUUUGUGAUGGACACAUCAAAGUACUGGUUUAAGCCAAGCAUCACCCGAGAGCAAGCAAUCGAGUUGCUGAGGAAGGAGGAGCCGGGGACUUUCGUGGUGAGGGACAGUUCUUCAUACCGAGGUUCCUUCGGUCUUGCCUUGAAGAUACACGAGGGUUCUGCAUCUGCCCAGACCCGGCCAGGCGAGGACAGCAAUGACCUGAUCCGACACUUCCUCAUCGAGUCUUCUGCCAAAGGGGUGCAUCUCAAAGGAGCAGAGGAGGAACCCUACUUUGGGAGCCUCUCUGCCUUUGUGUGCCAGCACUCCAUCAUGGCCCUGGCCCUGCCCUGCAAGCUCACCAUCCCACAGAAAGAACUGGGAGGUGGAGACGGAGCCCCAGACCACUCUGCAGACAGCCGAGCCUCCUGCCUGAAGAAAUCUGCUGGCUGCCAUGCCUUGUACCUGAACUCUGUGAACGUGGAGACCCUGACUGGAGCCAGGGCUGUGCAGAAGGCCCUCUCGAGCACCUUUGAAAGGGAUGUCCUCCCUACGCCCACUGUGGUCCACUUCAAAGUCACCGAGCAGGGCAUCACCCUGACUGAUGUCCAAAGAAAGGUGUUCUUCCGGCGCCAUUACCCCCUCACCACCCUCCGCUUCUGUGGCAUGGACCCUGAGCAACGGAAGUGGCAGAAGUACUGCAAGGCAUCCUGGAUCUUUGGGUUUGUAGCCAAGAGUCAAACUGAGCAGCAAGAAAAUGUGUGCCACCUCUUCGCGGAGUAUGAUGCGGUGCAGCCAGCCUCACAGGUCAUUGGCCUGGUGACUGCUAUGCUGCAGGACACAGAAAAGAUGUAA